AUGGCAUCCUUCAAAUCCGUUCGUGAUUUGCUGCUUAUUGGUUUUGACGAAGGUUUAUUGGAUGAAGAAGAGUUUUUGCUGUUGCAGGAUAUUCCAUUGAUGUCAUGUGAUGGUAUUGGCAAGUACAACUUCGUGACUUUCUUUUUUGGUGUAGGACAACCUUUUAUAGCACAAUUUUUCCCAUGGCAUCUCACCACCUUUGCCAGCCAGCAACAUCCACAUAUGUGCGAGCCCUUAAUUUUUUGUAAUUGUGUUGCAGUAAUACCGGACCGAGUAAAAUUAUUUUCUGUUAUCUUCCGAUUUUUUUCACCAGACAGAAUCUUGCUGUUACACAGAAAGCAUUCACUUGUGUUGUCAGAGACCUAAAUUACAUGAAGAAAUUUGGAGAAGAUGAGGAUUAUAUAUUAAUAUACAUUUGGAAAAGAUGGGGAUUAUACAUGGAAAUUAUAUGGGAAUUACACAGCAAUUUUUAGAAUACAUUUUAAAUUAUUAAAAACAAAAUAUGAUGUAAAUAAAUGUUUAUAAAUUUUCAAAUACAUGCAAUAUCGAUUAUUCUCUCUUCGUUUGGUGUAUCAAGUACGUUAUAUAUUUGCGGAGUGUGUUAUAGGCCUCCUAGCCAAACCUCUGAUCAAUUUAUUUCUAAAUUAUUUACAGGCCAGUCUCGACUCUAUUAAUAUGUCAAAUAAUUUUUCCAUUAUCGUAAUUUUACGUGACUUUAAUUGCCCAUUUUGAUUUCGCCGGUGCCUCAUCACAUAAUACUAAUGUCGGUGUCAAGCUAUAUAAUUUUUUGGAAGGUACUAACUUAUUUAAAUUAACUGAAGAACCUACUUGUGUUACAUUGACCGGGGAAACUAUUCUUGAUUAAAUCAUUACUGAUUCUCCUGGCUAUUUUAUUUCUACUGGAAUUUGAGUCCUCCUUCCAAUUGUUAUCACAAUAUUGUUUAUGCUAACUUGAAUAUCUCUUCAAGAAAACAACGAUCAUUUAAAAGAACUGUUCGUAAUUAUAAAAAUGCGAAUGUUAAUGCCCUCAAUGCAGCACUAUUAAAUGCUAAUUGGGGAGAUGUUUUUUCUAAUCCGUCAGAUUCUAUUGAUGUUGUUUACAAUAAAUGGUUUAAUUUAUUUAAGUCAAUUCUUGAUGCCUAUAUUCCCUCUAGGGAAAUUACUGUUUGGCCCAAAGACAAGCCCUGGAUGAAUGGCUCAAUUCGCCAAGCUGUUCGAAGACGUGAUAAUUUUCUUAAACGUUUUACAAACAUUAAAAGUGCAUUGUCUUGGGAACAUUACCGCACUCAACAAAAUCUCGUUGUUAAGUUAAUUAGGAAAGCCAAAAUGGAACACCAAUGUAAAAUAAAUACUUUACUAGCGGAUCCAUCGACAUCAACCAAAAAGUGGUGGGGCAUUUCAAAAUCUUUGUAUGGUAACAAGUGCUGUUCUUCGUCACCUGAUUUAAUUGACAACAACAUUGUCAUUUCAGAUUCGCAACACAAGGCUCAGGUUUUUAAUGAUUAUUUCGUUGGCCAAACAAUUAUGCCUAAUGCUGAUACUGUGGAUAUUCCCUCAUUACCUAGUUCACCUCAUAAUUUAUCAAUUAUUGUUGUUAAUGAAUAUCAAGUGUUAAAUAUUUUAUAUAACUUAGGCAUUUCUAAAGCAUGCAGUUUUGACAAUAUUAGCAACAAAGCACUCAAGUCUUGUGCUGGUGGUAUAUUUAAAUCUUCUACUUUGCUUUUAAAUUUAUCACUUUUGUUAGGACAAUAUUCCAGUUGUUGGAAAAUUGCAAAUGUUAUACCCAUUUUUAAAAAAGAGAAUCGGCAAAUGAAAACGAAUUAUCGUCCAAUUUCCUUGUUAGUUAGUUUAUCCAAAGUAUGCUAAAAAGUUUUGUUUUUUCUAUCGUUUUCAGUCAGGUUUUCGACCAGGUGAUUCCACAGUCAGUUAUGCAAUUAAUUUUUGUUGUUAAUAAAAUUUAUCAAGCAUUAGAAAAAGGUAAUGAAGUACGUGCAGUAUUUCUUGAUAUUUCCAAGGCAUUUGAUAAGGUUUGGCACAAAGGUUUAUUAACCAAACUUAAAAGUAUUGGCAUAAAUGGCCCCUUACUUCAAUGGUUUGAAAAUUAUUUGACUGAAAGAUAUCAAAGAGUAACCAUUGAGGGAAUGAGCUCUGACUGGGCACGUAUUGAAGCCGGAGUACCCCAAGGAUCUGUUGUUGGACCAUUGUUAUUUCUGAUUUAUAUCAACAACAUAGCUGAUAAUGUUUCUUCCACUUGUUUUCUUUUCGCUGAUGAUUCCUUACUAUUAGAUGAAGUCAUAUUGCAGAUUGACACAGCUAACAAGCUAAAUAAUGAUCUUGAUUCUAUAUCAAUGUGGGCUGAUCGAUGGCUGGUGACCAUGUCAGAAUGCUAA